AUGCUGGAGGCGCAGAGAGUCCAUGGCUCCCUCAUCAAGGGCGGCCUCCACGCGCACAUCUUCAGAUGCAACCUCCUUCUUCAGCUCUACGUCAGUUCGGGUUUCUUGCAGGACGCCCACAGGCUCCUUCUAUCUAUGCCUGCCUCCAACGCCGUCUCCUGGAAUACCGUCCUCUCUGGCUACGUCAAAUCCCGGUCUCUUUCCGAGGCGCUUCAAUUCUUCCGAAACAUGCCGGAGAUCGACACCCACAGUCGCAAUUCUGUCAUUUCUUGCUUCGCCGUUCAUGGUUGUUGCUCGGAAGCCAUUGCCCACUUCUCUGAAAUGCGGCGUAGUUGCUUGAGUCCGGAUCGGUUUACGUAUUCUACUAUUCUCACUGUUUGCGGUUUUGAAGUUGGUCGACAGAUUCACGGGUUGGUUUUUAAGUCUGGGGUUGAUCAUGACGUCUUCACUGCUGCCAAUCUUGUGAGGCUGUAUGUUGAUUACGAUAGGUUGGGAGAUGCGUACCAAGUGUUUGUUGAAGUGUCUAUUAGAGAUAUUGUUGUCUGGAAUGCUCUGAUUUCGGGGUUUUCAAGAAAUGGGCGUUGUGAUGUUUCUUUCAAUUUGUUCAAAAAGAUGCUUGGUGAGGGAAUGCUGCCGGAUGCAUACACUUUUGCUAGUCUGCUUGAUGUAUGUGCUGCACAAUUGGCUACGAGAAAGGCAGUUCAAUUGCAUGCUCUAGCUAUUCGUUUUGGGAUCUCUUGGGAUUUGUUCAUGUCCAAUUGUUUGUUGCAUUUUUAUUCCAAGUGUGAGAGUGUCUUGGAUUUGGUGAAAGUGUUCUCUGAAAUGCGGGAAAGAAAUGUUGUGUCAUGGAGCAUACUUAUGGCGACGUUAGCUCAGAGUGGGUUUGAGAAUAAAUCAGUUGAGCUCUUCCACGAAAUGGAAUCAUCAGGGAUUAAGCCAAAUUCAUUCAUUUUUGUGGGCGUUUUGGGAGCUUGUGCAAGAAUGGCUGCACUUGACAGGGGCAAACAAGUUCAUGGACAUGUUCUAAGCUUUGGAAUGGAGUUGGAUGUGAUCACAGGGAGUGCCAUCAUCGACAUGUAUGCAAAAUGUGGAGAGAUGGAUUCUGCAUUAAAACUCUUUAGUGACCUGAACAAUAAAGAUAUUGUUCCAUGGAAUGGAAUGAUAAGUGGGUAUGCCCAGUGUGGAAUGGCUGAGAAGGCCUUGCAACUUUUUGAGGAGAUGAAACAAUUGGGGACCGUCAAGCCAAAUGAAAUAACGUUUGUUGCCCUUUUAAGUGCUUGCAGUCAUGGAGGUCUCCUUCAAGAGGGUUGCCGCUACUUCGAGUCCAUGGUCAGUGAUCAUGGUAUAGAACCAAUAGCAGAACAUUAUGCAUGUAUAGUUGAUCUUUUUGGUCGUGCAGGGCUGCUCAAAGAUGCUUUUGACUUCGUGCUGUCCAUGCCUUUCGAUCCUGAUGGUGUGAUCUGGACGGCACUUUUAGGAGCAUGCAGAAAGCAUGGAAAUAUAAGAAUGGCAAGGAAUGUCGCUGGACAUGCCUUAGCAUGUAAACAGAACUCUUCUAGCUAUGUGCUUCUUUCAAAUAUGUAUUAUGGAUCAGGAAGAUGGACUGAGGGGUUAGAAGCUAGGCUUCUGAUGGACAGAAAGGGAGCUAAAAAGAUGACUGGACGUAGUUGGAUCAAUGUCAGAGGACGUGUGCAUUCAUUCACUGCAAUCACUCUCAACGAACAUUCUUCAAAGCGUAUUCCUAGGGUACUUGCAUCUAUGGCCGUGACAAGGCAGCUUAGCAGAUGCAAAAGACUUGCAGAAGCUGGUGUUCGCCACUGCAAGAAACACAACAUGGUUGAAGGACCCUCCCAGUCUUUGCACCAUCCUCACUGCAUCCACCGAAAGAAAGGAUGGACGGGAUGA